UCUGCCGUAAUUUUUUGUUUUAUGCCGUGGCUUUUUUUAAUUUGCCGUGACCCUUGUGGGCCAGGUCGUAGUUGUGUUCUGCCGUGUUCGUUGUGUUCUGCCGUGAGUUCGUUGUAUUCUGCCGUGGGAUUGCUUUCUUUGCCGUGAGAUGCUUUGUUCUGCCGCGAGUUUGAUUUAUUUUGCCGUGAGAUCGCUUUCUUUUGCCGUGCGUUUGCUUUGUUCUGCCGUGGCUUUUUUUAAUUUGCCGUGGCUUUUUUUAAUUUGCCGUGACCCUAGUGGGCCACCGUAGUUACAGAACCAAAGAAUCCCUCCAUUUUCUCGUGAAACUUACUACGUACACGCAGAAUACCCACCAGCCCCUCCCACUUCAAAAGGCUCUUUCGGGGUGGUCCUGGGCACUAAUAAGAGUUCAAUAUGGCUACCGAGUAAUUUUAUUUCUAAGUUUAUUUACUCCCUCACUUUCCAUAUCUUUCGAUCAUUCGAGACAUGUUUUUUUAAACCAUCACCAUCCUCGGGAUGUUUAAUGGCGUAGAGAGAGUAUGGAAGCUUGGAACUAGAUAAGAAUAUUUCAAGUUACUACAGGACCCGACUUCUACUGUCGCAACUUGGAAUGGACGUGGAUCAGUUUUUGACGUCUGUUUUCCCUUCGAAGGAGCGAGAUGAAAUAGCAACGCCAAGGAGAUUGUUGGAAUACAGCAGUUUGCAAGAGCACAUCGACGAUAUUUUGUCAAAAUAUGAGGAAAAACCAAAAGCAGUUUUGGAUCCUGAGCAAAGGGCCAUUACAGAUGGAAGGAUUGGUCCAGAGGUGGUAAAGAUUGAUAGAAGUAGUUUGUGUGGAUCAAUGAACAUCAAGGAUGCCACUGAGCUUGAAAGCCAAAGUAAUUUCAGCAGUGCCAGGGCAAAUAUUUGUGUCUGCAAGGGAAAGUGGAUGUAUGAGAUUCUUCUUGGCUCCAAAGGCAUCAUGCAGCUGGGAUGGGCGACCCUGGGGUGCAAGUUCACAAAUGAGGAAGGAGUUGGUGAUACUGCAGAUUCAUUUGCAUAUGAUGGUCACAGAGUGAGGAAAUGGAAUGUUUCCACUGCAAAAUAUGGAGAGGAAUGGAUGGCAGGGGAUGUCAUUGGCUGUGCUAUCGAUUUGGAUGAGGGAACCAUAAGUUAUAGUAGAAAUGGGAAGCACCUUGGUGUGGCUUUUGACAAUGUUCGGUUUGGCCCUGGCUUUGCUUAUUUCCCUGCUGUCAGCCUGUCUUAUGGAGAGUCUUGUCAUCUCAACUUUGGUGCCUACCCAUUCAAAUUUCCAAUGGAAUACAUGAAUCCUAUGCAGGACCCACCACUCUCUGACGUUGCCAAGGGAACUGAACUUACUGAUUGUUUGGAAAGACUCUUUCCUGCUCCUGACAGGAUAGCUAAGCUCCCACCUGCUCUACACUGCAAGUCUAACGUCCUGUCGUUACUCACUACUUCUCAUGUGUUCGAGAAGCUUGGACCACUUUUGACAAAAGGCUAUGUUGUGGAGAAAGUCCUGCUGCCAUACCUUCUUAGGUCAUGCUCAGAUUGUGAACCACUUGCUGAUCAGCCUGGUGUCACUAACACUCUUGAUCUGAUGUGGGCGUGUAUGGAGGAUUUUGAGCUUGAGCCAUGCUUGGAGCAUCUCUUGUUUGCUUUGAUCAAAGCUUAUUGGUACCAGCCUGUCACCAUGGAUUUCAAAACACAGACACAUUGCUUAAAGCUAGCCCUGAGCAUUCUCAAGCACAAUAUGACAAGACAUGCCUUGAUACAGUGUAAAAUAUUCCCACAGAAAUUUAGUUACUUUAUGCAUAUACGUCCCCCAGAUGACAAUAUCUUGAAUUCUGCUUUUCCUGUUGUGUGGUGGGAAAGUGACGAUGUAAAUUCUUGUCCAAGUGAGAGUGACAAAGUUGAAUACAUGGGAACUAGCCAAAGCCUCAAAGACAAAGUUGAAGUUCUUGAGGUCAUCCAGGUGGAGAUGUGCAAGAUCCUAAUGUGUGAUGACGAUCAAGAUUUACAGGGUGGCAAAUCAACGCGUGUGAUGUUCCUAAAUAAGUUCAGGAAGUAUCUCCAAGACAACAUGCUUACUACGCUUACACUGCAGCCGUCAACUGCAUGUGCAGGACCUGUCAUCACGUGCUUCUACCACCGUUUGAUCCAAGCUUUAAGGUUCCAUUGGGACCAAACAGCAGCCGAGCAACCAGAAGGUGCCAUUACCAGCCAGGAGGCGUAUGUUCCUCUUCACGUUUUUUUCGAUGACACUAUUCAGUACUGGGACACUUCUAGGCUAGGAGGCGUCCUUUCUCACGUGAAGCGCGCGUAUGACUCAAAAGCGAAAGAAGAGCUCAGCAAACGGAAAACGGCCUCGACUUCAAGCGACUCAGUAGCCGCGCAAGACAUGAGUGUCGACCUCUCAUUGGUCAGAAUGCUAGAUGACGUCAUCAUGCUCUAUCAUAUCGCUGUGCAUAAGCAGCUUUCCAAGGUCCGGGCUGUUCGUGACAGUAUGCAGCAGAACAUCAAAGCCUUAGAGGACACUCACGCCAGGAUCGCUCGAUGUGGACCCGAGCGGAAGGAUGUGCUGGCAGAGCUAAACCGAUCCAAGCGAGUGUUCACAGAGGAGACAACACACUGUGCCCGCCACAUGGCUUGGGUGUCGACCCUUAUAUUUACCAAGAAGAAGCAAGAAGAUAUCCACUGGAUGCUUUGUUGUAUCCUGAAUACAAUAACUCGCGCCGCGGAGAGGGGACCUCUCUUUGAGUUCACUCCAGAGUUCUACCUUGACGUCGCUAUUAACGCGUUUCACGGCCUGCGAAACUACUUCCACCCAACCGUCAAGUUCACCGAACUGCCAGAUACAGAUAAGGCCCUAUGCCGUAUGGCUGCUCUUUUGAGCAAUCACUUCGCUGACUCAAGAAUUAUCAACCCAGACCUUCGUGAUCAGAUCAUUCAAGCGUUGGCUGCUUUUGUGUGUUAUCCCGACAGCCUACAAGCAUUGGAGAGCAUGCCGACACCACUGCUGGAAAAGACCGUUCGGUCCCUGAUGGGUGCGUACGAAAAGCGUUCGUGGGUACAAACUACGUGGAUACUGGUCAGGAUAUGGAAGGGAUGUGGGUUCGCGUUCCGUUACACCAGCUCUCAAGAUAUCUUCACUAUCGGCCUACCUGAACAAGGGCACAUGCGCGCCAGCCUGCAAGCGCCCUGCCCAUCCAAGGUGAUUCAGGAGCUGAUCGCCAGUGUGUGCGUCUCAGAUGUGAAGCUUGGUGACGAGUUUCUGAACGGAGUGUUAAACCAGCUCAACUGGGCCUUCUCCGAGUUUAUCGGCAUGCUUCAAGAGAUUCAGCAAGCGACUAAUCGAAUGGAGAUCACUCUAGAAACAAGGCAGCUACGCACAUGCGCAGUGUGUUUUGACCUUACUGUCGGGUUACUGCGGGUGCUGGAAAUGGUAUCUACCCUGGCCCCGGAAGUGUUUACUGACUGGAAACAACAGUCCACGGAGCUCCAUAUCGCCAGGUUAUUCCAGCUGCUGACGCAAGUGCUGAACCGUAUCACCGCCAGCUCCAACUUGUUCGAGAAUGUGACCCGACUCCACCUUCCCGGUCUGGAGACCGUGGAUCGCUUCCCCAUCCUCGGUGCUGUGGCGGGAAUUCUCCUCGCUCUGCUCUCGCGUGGCUCAGAUGAGAGUCGGGAGAGAGCCACGUCCGCGCUGCUAGCUGAGCCUGGGUUUACGCUCGAAUCGGUCGAAUUCCUGGUCGGAAGCAAGUCCGCCAUCCCCGGCAAAGUCUCAUCUGCCUCCUUUUCCUUCGCCACGGUCCAUAAGGACGUGGUCGAAGAUGAGGUUCGUCAGUUGGACGCACUCGUCUCGUACUUGGACGAGCAGAGCUCACAGAUGAGACUAUUACAGAAGCAGGAGUCAGUCGACGUGGAUGAGUUAUGCCCCAUCUGCUGCGCUAUGAGGAUCUCCGUCAGAUUCCUGCCGUGUAGACACGUCUCUUGCAGGUCGUGUAUAACGCGCCAUCUGAUGAAUAACAAGGAAUGCUUCUUCUGUAAAGAGGUCGUCGACACGCUAGCAGAAAUAUCAGCAGACGACCAGGCUAUCAAGAAGUGAUAUUUAAAAAUGACCUUACUGUAUUAUAGGGCAACACGCCCAACCGACAAGCCUUAUGCAUCUGCUGCUUAUGUUAAGUGACUGAGUCCAACAGAGGAAACCUUGAAGGGUCCUUGUGUCAAUUCUCGUCUGCACGGCCCCCGCGAGCCAGAAUGUCGAGCGCAAAGAGAGUCUAAAUUGGACUACCCCAUUUGCUGUUCAGUAAAUAAAAAAACUAAAUAAAGGUUUACUGUCAUCUGAUCUUUUUCGUUCACACAUUUUAUGAUUGUAUCCAUUACCCUUAAAAAUGGUUCUCCGGUCCACAAAAUCUUGGUUUCAUAUAAAUGUAAUAAAUUAAUUAAAAAUUAAAAUUCACCAUUU